UAUCUAGCGAGAAGUUUCAACGACCAAAAUCGGAAUUAUCGUUAUGUAAUAAGGCUAUAUGUUUAUCACGAGUAUACGAUAAGGAAAUCUUUAUCGCAUCAAAAAAAAAACAUUAUUACAUUAUCAUGCAUCAAACAGACGAGAGAUCUACCUACAUACUGUAUAUUUAUAUAUUUAACAAACUCGAUAGCCAAAAUAAUUUUUCUUAAAAAACAUCUCUUUCGUAUAAUAGAUAUGUCAUACGAUGGUGAGCAUUAUAACUAAUUCAUGAGGGGGUAUAACAGCCAAAUUUUUGAAACAAAUACCUUUAUUUUAAUAACUUCUCCAGAAAAUGAUAAGGUUUUGUAUAUGUCAAAACUCUCCCGUAAAAUUGAACAUGGUGGCCAAAAGAAUCUUCGCUUAUUAGGAAAGGUUACCAAACAUCAUGCAAUCCAAGUGAAAACAGAGAAAGGUGGUCAAUAUUUAAUUGAACGUACAUCAGAUAAAGAUCCUAAAGAUCCUAAAUCCACGGUAAUUUCGAAUUAUUCAAAUAAGAAUGGAGAAUGGAAACUUAAGGAAUUUUAUUAUCCCAAAGAUGUUACGCUUGGCCAGGUCAAAAAUGAUGCAUUUGACAAAAAAGCAUAUAAUCUUCUGACCGCCAAUUGUCAACAAGCUACCAGAGAAUCUAUUAAAAAAAAUUCUGCUUAUUCUGCUAAAAAUGAUCCAAAUCCAAAAGUACAUACUACUCAAGCAUCAACUUCAAAGCCAAAAAGAAAGAAAUAAUCCUAUUAGUAACCAAAGUAUUACAUAAUCAUAUGGUGUUUGUGUAAGUGAUCUCAUAGUUUAGCCUUUUUUAUCAAUUAAACCACUAUCAGCAAAGAAACCUACCAGUGAUGAGCAAAAUUAAUAAAGUAUCUAUUAGCAUGUUUUUUUACAUU